UUCCGCAAGCAAAUAUGGAGAAUGGAGUCGAAAUCGAGGAAGCACAGCAGCAAUUCGCCAUCGUCAAUGCUAAAGAAAAGGGUGUUCUAACUUGAACUGGUGAAUAGUGUUGUCAUUAGUGGAUUCUUUUUGUAUUUAACGCACCUAAAAGGUACAGCAGGUGGCAAGGAAAGACGCCGUGGAUCUAAAUUCAGAUUUAUCAAAAUGUCAUCGGCACAAGUGGAUCGUGCAACAAAAUUGAACAACUCAAAUAAAAAGGAAAACGAGAAGGCACGUAAACCUUUUAAUCCAACGCAUAAAAAAUAUAAGCACGAGGACAAUCGACAUUUUAAAUUUGGCCGUAAACGUUUACAAACAUUUCCUGGGAAUGGAAAAUUUUUCCCUCCACAUAAACGUCGUAAGAAGGAGGACGCAAUUAUUCCACCAACAAAAUUUCUUCUAGGCGGUAAUAUUUGUGAUCCAUUAAAUUUAAAUAGUAUGCAGGAUGAGGAGAUAAAUCGAGCAAUGAAUGCAGUUACACCAAAAUCAUCACCACUACCCAUUCCAAAACAUAGAAAAGAAGCAAUCGAAGUGAUAAUACCACCGAAUAUUUGCGAUCCAUUAAAUCUCAGUAAUUGUAAUGACAAUGAGGAAUAUGAAAAGCAAUUAAUUUCACCAACAAAGAAGAAUUCGAAAAAACGAAAUAGAAAUAAAAAGAAGAGAGCACUGUCGUUUUCUGGUAAUAGUGAGGCAAUAGUAGAAACUGGAGAACAAGUGAUUACCGUGGAAAAUAAAGAUGUCACAAUGGAAAAGGUUGUUGAGGUUGAAGAUAAAAUUCCAGUGGAAAGUAGUUCUUCGCCAACAAAGGAGGUGGCGAAAGAACCAAAAGUCGAGAGUCCCGUGAAGGAUAAGGCGAAAUUACGAUUAAAAGUAUUAGAGGAGUCGAAGGAUAAGAGAUUAAGGAAACUUGACGCCAAGGAUAAAAUUGUAAGUCCCGUUAUUCCACAACCUGGAGCUUGGAAGCCAAGAUUGACCCACAGGCCGAGUCAAGAUAAAAAGAAGAAACCUCAACAAAUGCCAAAAUUCAAACCCCAGGACGCUAAAUUCCAGUAUGGAAAUUAUAACAGGUAUUAUGGAUAUCGAAAUUUAAACUUGGAAGUCGAUCCAAGAUUGAAGGCUUUCAUUCAACGUAAGGAGAUGUUCUUCGAUAAGGAUAUUCUUGAUAUUGGUUGUAAUAUUGGUCACAUCACAUUGUCAGUGGGUCGUGAUUUAUCGCCACGCAGUGUCACCGGUAUCGAUAUUGAUAAAGAUUUAGUAACAAUUGCAAGAAAAAAUAUCAAACAUUACGUUAAUUUUAUUCAAUCGCCAGCGAGUACCGAGGAUGGUUCGAAUAAUAAGGAAACGGAUCCAAAUUUUUUUCCAUUGUCAAUGCCAAUUAGUUAUGGUCCUAUCGAUAUUCCCGGAUUCAUCAAGGACAAAAGUCACAAGGGCUUCCCCUAUAAUGUCUCCUUCGUUCAGGGUAACUAUGUACUGGAAGAUGACUCGCUACUUUCCUUAGAGCAACCGCAGUUUGAUUUAAUUCUCUGCCUCUCGACAACAAAAUGGAUACAUUUGAAUUUCGGUGAUAAUGGACUAAAACAAAGUUUCAAGCGUAUGUUCGCUCAAUUGAGGCCUGGCGGAGUUUUAAUAUUGGAGUCUCAAAAUUGGAAUAGUUAUGGAAAAAAGAAAAGUCGUACAGAGCGAAUAUUCAGAAAUUAUGAAAACAUCAGAUUCUUUCCAAAUCAAUUCACGCAAUAUUUACUCUCGGCUGAAGUUGGAUUCUGUAAAUGUGAAGUCAUAUCAAUGCCAUCGCACUCGUCGAAAGGUUUUCAACGGCCUUUACAUCUUUUCACAAAAGCAGAUUUAUUCGAGAGUCCACCAGUAAGAACGGCGUGUGCAACAAAUGAUUCUCAAAAUGAAGGACUUGUAAAUUUUGAGCAACAAGUAUUUGAUGUCGAUCUCUUCCCAGCGGACACACCAAUUCCAGGCGGCAGUCAACGUAGCAACGGUUCAAUGAGCACUUACGAGCAACUUGAAAAUAUUUAUUGUCCCACUGGAACGCCACUUUAUCUUCAAGGAACGCCAGCUCAUUUAAACGACAGUCAAUCAACUUCUGACAAUAAUAAACAUUAUUACGCCGAAAUUGAAAUUGAACGUUCACCAAUUCCAGCGAGUCCCGAUGAUAAUGAUAAGGUGAGUGAUAAACUACAAGAUAAUAAUUCAAAUGUUGAUGAUGAAUGCGCGGAAAAAAAUGAAGAGGAAACGAGUAAUCUCGAAUCGACAAUUAAUAAAACGUGAAUCGAAAGAAUUUCUCAAGGUGAAUGAGAAUGUUGAGAGAGAGAGAGAGAAA